AUGAAAAGGAUCUACAAUGCUGUCGUCUUAAGGUCCGACCUGUGGGCUCUGCCUGCGCUCGGCACCGGGCACCGCCUCGACAUGGUCAAGUCUGGGCACACGCCACUGCGUGUCUGGAUCCUUCGCGCGGCCGCCUUUGCCGUCGCCCAGGCCACCGGGGCUGCGAUCGGCCUUGGGGGUCCAACCUUCAUCGCUCUAGCAAUCCUAGCCAUCUUCACGUGCGGCACCGGACAGACAGCUUGGCGCUCCGGCGGCGCCUCCGCCUACUCGGUAUUCAACGGCGGCGAGCGGAUCGCAGGUACGCUGCACGCGGAGCAGCUGGACCAGCAGAUUCGGCACGGAGCGGUGCCGCGCGGCGCGAAAGCUCCCGAGGAGUCGGCCUUUGUUCGCACGGCGGUGCGCGGCUGGGGCGGUGGAAGCCAACAGGCGCCGGGAGCCACAUCAAGAGACGCCGCCGAUGGCGCGGGCGUCACGCAGCGGAGGGUGGCGGCCGCCAAGGCAGCCGAGGCGCGGGCGGCCGCAGCCGCGGCUAGGACUUGA